CCUAGGUUAAGCCGCUUUCGUCUUCAGGAACAACGGGCGAUAAUAGCUUUCCUAAUCGAGUAACCUUUUGAAGAUUGUCUAACGCUUAGGGAUUAAGGCAACACAGUGUAUUACCAUGAUCGAUCAUACAGUGAAUAUUAUGAAUAUUAUAUUCUGUAUUCCACGGUGCUUUACCGCCUUUUCCCCAUGUUCAUCACCGAUAUUACAAUUUACACUCGUGAUAAACCACCAGUUACAACAAGAUAGCUUAACCUAACUUCGUAUGUAACGGGACCACCACACGCAUCCGCCAAUGUAUUUCCAAGUACCUAACAUGAGGUAUCGGUUUUCAGAGCGAAUGACGGAUAACGUUUUGGGAGUGGCGUGUGGGGCGACUAUGCAUACAAUAUAUACCUAGGUAUGUAUCCAAAGCAGACCAGCAGACCAGGCCAUCUCAGGGGAAAUAGUGGGCUUCCAGUAGGGGGGUCAUGGCGGGGUAAGGUAGGUAUUGUACAACAACAGGUAAGGCAGGAGGAGUAGGUAGCUUGGGAAUACCUAGAGAGAGGCAGUUACACGAAGCUUUAGAUGAAGCCUAUUUGGUUAUUUGGUUACACUGCAAUUGUUUUUAAACUUUACCCUUCCAAUCCUUAUUUUCUCUUAUUCAAAGGUUAAUUCGAAUAGACCAAUCUAGGCAAAAGAGGAAACCAAUUAAAUAAAUAUAUAACUACCAAAGAAAUAACUACUCAAAAUCUUCAAACAUGGCUGCCGAUAUUCCUAUCAUCGACGCACACAUUCACCUCUAUCCCGAAUCAGAGCUCUCAACUUUAGCAUGGUCCACACCUGAGCACCCGCUGAACAAACAGCACUCGCUAGAAGAAUACAGAGCUGCUACCGAGGGCUCGACACCCCAGGGCUUCAUCUUCGUAGAGACGGAUCGGAAGAAUGACCUGGAAGCUGGGGAGAAAGGCUGGGAGUACCCGCUCCAAGAGGUCUCCUGGCUGAAACGCAUCAUCACCGGCCAGCCAAAGCCGGGCGAGGGCCAUACGGCGGAAGACGCCUCGCUAUGUACCGCCUACAUCCCUUGGGCACCGCUACCCAGCGGCGUUGCCGCCAUGGAGAAGUAUCUCGACCUAGUAAAGCAGGAAGCAGGCGAGAGCUGGCCCAAGGUCAGGGGCUUCAGAUACCUGCUGCAAGACAAGCCCAACGGGACCAUGCUUCAGGAUAACUUCAUCGAGAGCUUGAAGCUGCUCGGCCGUCGGGGCUUCGUGUUCGACUUGGGUGUCGACCAGCAUAACCGCGGCAGGGCCCAACUCGAGGAAGUCGUCGAGAUGAUCGACCGCGCACACGACGGUGUUCCCGAGGACCAGAGAGUCACGUUUAUAAUCAACCACCUCUGCAAGCCCGACCUCGGCAUCUACAACGUGCAAACUAGCCCGUCCUUCAUCGCCUGGCGCACCGCCAUCUUCACCCUGAGCAAGUGCAGCCGGACGUACAUGAAGCUAUCAGGCGGCUUCGCCGAGAUGCCCGAGGCCCUGCGCCAGCGUUCCCCCGAAGAUAUCUUCGACGCCAUCAGCCCCUGGCUAAGCGUUGUGCUCGCCGCUUUCGGCGCCUCCCGCAUCAUGUUCGCGAGCGACUGGCCCGUGUGCACCGUCGGCGUCGGCGACGACGCUUGGAACAAGUGGAAGAAGAUCGUUGAUCGCCUGUGCUGGAUGGCCUCGUUUGAGGACGAGGAGAAGCGCAUGGUUUGGGGCGGCACGGCGCUCAAGGCGUAUGGCAUUGAAGCAUGAUGAUGAUGCGGUUUCGGCUGUUAAUACAGAAGAACGGAGAGGAGAGGAAUAUUGAUGCUACAUCCCCAUGCGUUGCCGUGUUGCGCAUUUGGUCUACACAUGUUUAGAUCUGAUGGAAA